AUGUCGUCGGGCUUCGUUUCAGCCGGAACCAACGAGCAGCCGAUCGAGCGCGACGAUGAGUGGCUCAAGGCACAGCAAGAAUUGGAGGAGGAGCGGAGACGGAAAGCGGAGAUAGGCAAACAGGAUGAGGGCAAAAGUCUCUUUGAGGUGCUGGAGCGGAACAAAAUGGCCAAACAAGAAGCCUUUGAGGAGAAAUCGCGUCUCCGAAACCAGUUCCGCUCCCUCGAUGAAGACGAAGUCGACUUUUUGGAUUCCGUCAUGGAGUCUACGCGCGCUCAGGAAGCCGCAGUGAAGAAGGACACCGCCGACCAGCUUGAAGCAUUCCGCCGACAGCGCGAAAAGGCAGAAAAGGUGUUACAGGAUUCGCCGUUCGGGGAAGAAGACGAGGAUUGGACCGCACCGCGGAAACGACGGCGCGAGAAGCAAAACUCCCUGUUCCCGAAGAAGCGCAAGGCCUCUGCCACGAACCCCACCGGAAAAGAUACAGAUAAAGAAGGAGAUGACACAAAGACAGACCGGAAAGCAUUCACGUCAAGUCAAGCGACCCCGGCUUCCAAGCCCACUGGCGCGACGACACAGCCCACGGCAGCUGCUGAGCAAAAGCCAGUCGCUAAUCCUGGGCAGAAACCUUUGGUCUCACUUGGUCUAGGAGACUACGGCUCUGACUCGGAUUGA